GUUGCCAUGACGACCGUGGCUGGGUCACCGCAGACUCUGCUGGAAACUCUCGCAGCGCGUUGAGGUCCGUGCACCUGUGGAGAGAUCGUUUGUGGUGGCUCAGUUUCCCAGGAAUACACUGGAACUAGCCAUGGGCAGCAAGAAGAAAGAAAUUGCCCUGCAGGUCAACAUCAGCACCCAGGAGCUUUGGGAGGAAAUGCUCAGUUCCAAAGGACUAACUGUGGUCGACGUCUAUCAAGGCUGGUGUGGCCCCUGCAAACCCGUGGUGAGCCUCUUCCAGAAGAUGAGGAUCGAGGCUGGCCCGGACCUUCUGCAUUUUGCAUUAGCAGAGGCAGACUGUCUUGAUGUCCUCGAAAAAUACCGAGGGAGGUGUGAGCCGACCUUUCUGUUUUAUGCAGGAGGAGAACUGGUGGCUGUGGUUAGAGGAGCAAAUGCCCCCCUGCUGCAGAAGACCAUCCUAGACCAGCUGGAGGCCGAAAAGGAGGUGCUGGCAGAGGGCAGAGAACGGAAGGUGAUUAAAGACGAGGCUCUUUCUGAUGAAGAUGAACGUUUUUCUCAUGAAAAGGACAACGGUGAAGAAGAGGACGUGGUUUCAGCAGAGAAGACCUGCACCUUGGCAAUCAUUAAACCGGAUGCAGUGGUCCACGGAAAGACUGAUGAGAUUAUUAUGAAGAUCCAGGAGGCCGGCUUUGACAUUUUAACAAACGAAGAGAGAACUGUGACAGAGGCAGAAAUGCGCCUUUUCUACCAACACAGAGCUGGAGAGGAGGCAUUUGAGAAGCUGGUACAUCACAUGUGCAGUGGACCAAGCCACCUCCUGAUCCUCUCCAGGACUGAGGGUGCUGAGGACGUGGUCACUGCCUGGCGAACCCUCAUAGGGCCCUGUGACCCUGACGUGGCAAGGAAGGAGCAGCCUGACAGUCUCCGCGCUCAGUAUGGCACAGAAAUGCCCUUCAAUGCGGUCCACGGAAGCCGGGACGGAGACGACGCCAGCCGAGAGCUGGCAUUGCUCUUCCCCAGUUUUAAGUUUUCACACGAAGUUCCGGAAGCCCCUCCGGGUAAGUCACCCAGGCAGACUUGGUCUUUAUUAAAUCUGCAGUGA